CGCAGCAAACAUUGCAUCGAGGCAGAACGAUCAAAAGUUUGGUUAUAUUUAGUGGUGGGCGGAGCGAGGCUUCGCGAUACACUGAAACAGUUGAAUCAAUAACUUAUAUUUCACGCGAAAAUACGACAAUACGAUCGCGUGUUUGAUACACUAUUACACAACAACAACAGAGUCAAGCACAAGCGGAGUUAACGGGACGCCAUCUGUUAUUAAUGCGGAAGACGUGUGCUGGAAAGAUGUGGAGCUGUAUAACAGAUUUCUUUACGUAUGAGACGACCAAGUCUGUGGUUGUAAAGAGCUGGACCAUAGGCAUCAUCAAUCGUGUUGUCCAGCUCCUCAUCAUCACAUACUUCGUUGGCUGGGUGUUUCUGUAUGAGAAGGCAUAUCAAGUGCGAGAUACAGCCAUCGAGUCAUCAGUGAUGACUAAAGUGAAAGGUUUUGGAGAAUAUAAUAACCGGAUCAUGGACACAGCAGAUUAUGUGACACCUACUCAAGGGGCGUCAGUAUUCUGCAUAAUUACGAAGCUCAUCACAACAGAGAACCAAAUACAGGGACACUGUCCUGAGAGUGAAAUGAAAUUCAAAUGUGAAACUGAUGAGACCUGUAUGAAGCUGAAGUCAAAACCUUCUAGCAAUGGCUUGCUGACUGGACGAUGUGUAAACUUCAGUGCUACACAGAAAACCUGUGAAAUCAAAGGAUGGUGUCCCGCAGAGAUCGAUGACGUUCAACCGGACCCCAUGAUGGAGGUGGAGAACUUCACCAUUUUCAUCAAGAACAGCAUUCGGUUCCCCCGUUUCAACUUCACAAAGGGAAACUUUUUGCCAUCCAUUAAUAGUUCCUACAUAAAGCAGUGUAACUUUGACGUUGAGAGGAACAUGUAUUGCCCCAUAUUCAAAGUGGGAGAUGUGAUUCGGUUUGCCCAGCAAGACUUCACCACUCUUGCUAAAAAAGGGGGAGUAAUAGGAAUAAAAAUAGCGUGGUUAUGCGAUUUAGAUAAGAAAGAUGAUGAGUGCAAACCUCACUAUUCAUUCACUCGCCUGGAUGCCAUGUCAGAAAAGUCCACUGUCUCGCCUGGAUACAACUUUAGGUAUGCCAAGUAUUUUAAAAUGGAGAAUGGGACUGAGUAUCGCACUUUGCUGAAAGCUUAUGCUAUUCGCUUCGAUGUGCUGGUUAAUGGAGACGCAGGAAAAUUUGACAUGAUCCCAACUCUAAUCAACAUGGUCGCAGCCUUUACUUCUGUGGGUGUGGGCACAGUGCUUUGUGACAUCAUUCUACUGAACUUCCUGAAAGGAGCAGAUCAGUACAAAGCUAAGAAAUUUGAAGAGGUAUCAGAUUCAAGUAUUGAGAAUUCAAACUCAUUAUACAGGAGCAGAGACCAAAGCCAGCUAUCAGUCAAACCUGAUGAGAAGUUCUCAAAUGAUUCUGGAGCGUUUUCCAUUGGACAAUAUGGUUAAUAUUGGCUGAUCGGCACUUAGGUGAUACUUUAUUUAAAGGAUAAUUCUGGUAUUUAACACUUUGAGUCUCAUUUCUGGUUUGUUUUGGAUGAACUACA